AAUGCCGUUCCGGCUCUUCCGCACAUUUCUCAACAAUGAGAAAACGAUUCAGCAGUUAUCCGAAUCAGUGCCUGUACGUCUUGCCGCCAAGGCAAUCGUCCGUGGAAUGAAGCAAGUCGAGGAGAAGGUCGAAAAAAUCGAUGUCGGCAAAAAACUCAACAGGCUCAAAUCGCUAUACGAGGAAGAAUAUCAAAAGGCGCUGAAAAAAUGACAUGACCCAGGAUUUUUAAGCGAAAAAAAAUCGAUAAUUGUCGAGCUAUUGAGCCAUUGUAUAGAUGUGUACUGGUUAAAAUAAAAUUAUUUCAAUUA